GAUAAGCACCAUGUUGCCGGCCACGUCUGUAUAUCGAUACGGCCACGAGCGCCAUACUCAAGAUCUCUUUUUACCGUAGAUAACCAUUGUUAACGUACCUUACAGGACCGGCAGUAAGAAAGACCCACGUGUCAUCGCUGUCAAAUAUUCCGACCAGCAGCGCGUGAAGGAGUCAACUACCAGAGAUGUCCCGGUUGCGUGUGAGCGCGCUGAUAUGCAUUCUUGUGCUGAGCGUGUGCUCGCACGUACACACCGCCGUCGACUCUAACCUCGUAGACCCGGAUUUGAUGGUGAGGAAUGUCGAGCGGCACAUUGACCUGCAGUCCCAGCUGACGAAAAUCACGACCCGCGUGGUGCUGGACAACGGCAGCAAAGAUCGUAGCACGUCGAAUUUCCUUUUCUGCUUGGACGGCGUGCAGAGAAAGUCUCUGAGCUACAUAGCGGCUCACAUCGAGCCCGGUAAGCUGGAGCUGAAGGUCGCGGAGACCAAGGUGGAGGCGCAUCGCGACAAAGUCUUCUUCUCCGUCGAUCUGGCCAACCACUUAGCGCCACGGCGCACACUCACUAUCGAGAUAGAGACUGUUCUCACGCACGAGCUUGUGCCUCACCCCAAGAGUAUCUCUCAGCAGGAGAAGCAAUUAGUUAAGUACACAGGCAACGUGUACGCCUACCUGCCGUAUGCGGUAACCAAGCAGACCACCUACGUAGGCCUGCCAUCGCGCAACAUCGAGAGCUACACCAAGGUUAAGCCAGUGUCACAGACUGGCUCAGCGAUAGUCUACGGUCCAUUCGAGAAGCAACCGCCGUACGCUCACACGGAACUAGUGGUGCACUUUGAAAACAACAACAAAUUUCUCACUGUUACUAGGCUCGAGAGAACCAUUGAGAUCUCUCACUGGGGCAAUAUCGCCGUGGAAGAACACGUCGACCUCCUGCACACCGGAGCUCUCCUGAAGGGUCCCUUCUCUCGCUACGACUAUGCACGCGAGUCUAAGUCGGGGCAAGCCAGCAUCCAGAGCUUCGACACCAUCUUGCCGGCGGCCGCGUCGGACAUCUACUACCGGGACGAGAUCGGCAACAUCUCGACGUCGCACACUCGCGUGAAGAAGGACUCAGUGGAGCUGAACCUGAGACCGAGAUUCCCGUUGUUCGGCGGCUGGAAGACUCGCUACACCAUCGGCUACAACGUGCCCAGCUAUGAGUAUCUGUUUCACGCGGGCGAUCAGUAUACCCUGGAGAUGAGGCUGCUGGAUCACGUCUUCGACGACAUGGUCGUGGACGAGAUGGUGCUGAAGAUCAUUUUGCCGGAGGGCGCGCGCAAUAUACAGCUGGAGCUGCCGUACCCGGCCACUCGCCUCCGGGACUCCUUGCACUACACAUACUUGGACGUGACCGGUCGACCCGUGGUAUCGGUGACCAAGAAGAAUCUCGUAGAAAAUCACAUCCAAAACUUCCGCUUGAAGUACACGUUCCCGCGUCUGCUAAUGCUGCAGGAGCCGCUCUUGGUUGCUAUAGCGUUAUAUCUGUCGUUCCUCAUGGUGAUUACGUACGUCAGGUGGGACUUCUCCAUCGACAAGGACGAGGCGUCGGAGAGCAGGUUGCGCAUUGCCGGCCAAUUCGAGAAGCUCAUGGUCGCGCAGGAUCGCCGGAUCAGUUCGUAUAACAAUCUGGAAGACCAGUUGGCGAGUUUGAAGACCAACAAGGACGUCAACGCAUUUCUCGCCGUGGUGAAGGGCAUCAAUCAGGAGUACAAGGCUGCCACCGGCGCGGUCAAUGAAAUUGCGCAGAAACUGAAGGGCGAGUCCAACGAUGUUUACGAGCGCUUGCAGGAGCUGCAAAAAGUCGACCGGUCAUUGAAGGAGAUCUAUAAUCAGCAGCAGGCUUUGUACGUGGAUAAGCUGGUGCCGGGCAAGAUUGGCCGGCAGCAGUUCGUCGAGGCCGAAUCAGCGAUCAUGAAGAAGAAGGAUGAAUACGCUGAAAAGACCAAUGCGAUCAUCAGGUCGUUGCGAUAAUGCGAUCAUUCUUUCGCGAGUCGACAAAGACUUAACGAUACAGAGAAGAGCAAGAGAAGAGCAGAAGAGACGAGGACGAUGCAUUUGUGAUGCAGCAACGUCCCCGGCAUUCUCAUGUCACGCGACAGUGUUAAUACAUUUCAUGCAAAUGAGCCAACGAAGGAUUCCAUGCAUUUAAUGCAUUUUGCACUAUGAGAAAAACUAUAUAUCAUAAGUUAAGAUUUAUAACAAAUAUAUGUAGGGAAGAAAAAUAUGGUUUUCUCUCUUGUUUGCUACAGUAGGUGUUUUGAAUAAAGUGUUUGUUAAAAAGAU